CGAAAUGUUUUGAUUUGUUUUGUUUCAUUUUAAUUUUCAUGUUAAUUAACUAGAUUCAAGUAUUUAACUAGUAUUCCGUUUCUUUCUUGUUACAAUGAUAACUAAUCGAUUAACUAAAUUACUACGUCGUUCUAUUCACCAAGAAGUUCGUCAUGCUAUCGUUUACAUCGAUGGUUCUUGUAUUAAUAAUGGUCAACAAAAUGCUCGAGCUGGAAUUGGUAUUUAUUGGGGACCAGAUGAUGAGCGUAAUUUAAGUAUUCCUUUGAAAGGAUCACAGACCAGUAGUAGAGCGGAAUUGAAUGCUGCCCUUUGGGCUAUUAGACAAGCGAAAGAGCAAAAUUUUUCAUCUUUAACUCUAAGAACGGAUAGUGAAUAUUUGGUAAACUCAACAACCAAAUGGAUUGACAAGUGGAAGGAAAAUGGUUGGAAAGCUCAAAAUGGAUUAGGGAUCAAGAAUAAAGAUGUUAUUUUCGCUUUAAUCAAAGCUCUAAAGACGAUAAGUGUUACAUUUGAAAAGAUUCCCGGACACUCUGGAGAUGCUGGAAACGAUGGAGCCCAUAAACUGGCCAAACAAGCGGCAACUUUAGCUUAUCAAGAAUGUAAAUUACCAGUUUGACAAUUUCUCUAUUUUAAAAUAUUGAUUAUUGACAAUGAAUUAGUUUAAUUGUUUUGACUAAAACACAAUUACAUGUCAAAAUUAAAUGAUGCAAUAUACUAGA